AGAUGUUCCGCACGGCCCUCCGUACAACUUUUACCAGACAAACCCGUCUUUUCUCUACCACUCAAAUCACAAUGGGCGUUUCCCGCGACGUUAUUUCCCCCGGAGACGAGACCAACCGUCCCAAUGUCGGUGACGAGGUUACCAUGCACUACACCGGUACCCUCGAGUCCGGCAAGAAGUUCGACUCCUCCGUUGACCGUGGUCAGCCCUUCAAGUGCCGUAUCGGUGUCGGACAGGUCAUCCGCGGAUGGGAUGAGGGUGUUCCUCAGAUGAGCUUGGGCGAGAAGGCCAAGUUGACUAUUACUGGUGAUUACGCUUAUGGUCAGCGUGGGUACCCUGGAUUGAUUCCUCCUAACGCUACUUUGAUUUUCGAUGUUGAGUUGUUGGCUAUCAACGGCAAGUCUGCUUAA